AUGGCCAUGGAUGGAGAUACGCUCUCAGCGGUGAAGCAGCAGCCGACCAUCCAUGCGAUGAACGUCGAGCUCUCCGACCUGCCUGUGAGGGCUCAACAUCAUGGCAUCGAUGCGGCCAAGGACAUCGUCUUCGGCUCUAUCGCCGGAAUGGUCGGAAAAUGCAUCGAAUACCCCUUCGACACCGUCAAAGUACGCCUACAGUCCCAGCCUGACGGCGUCCCCCUCCGCUACAAUGGCCCAAUCGAUUGUUUCCGCCAGUCCCUCCGUCAAGAAGGCAUACAUGGUCUAUACCGCGGCAUCAGCGCUCCCCUUCUCGGUGCUGCGAUCGAAAACAGCUCUCUCUUCUUCAGCUACCGUCUCACACAAAACCUGGCACGGAAAUACAUCUACGGUGGCCAGGAGAAUCUUCCCUACACCGGUUUGCUAGCUUGCGGUGCUGCAUCUGGCUCAUUCACUUCCAUACUCCUCACGCCCGUCGAGCUGGUUAAAUGCAAAAUGCAAGUUCCCAGCGGCGAGCACGCAAAAACACUCCGACCACUGGCUAUCGUCUCGGCUGUGUUUCGAACGCAUGGGCUUCUGGGUCUCUGGCGCGGCCAGCUAGGCACCUUGAUACGUGAAACGGGCGGUUCUGCAUCGUGGUUCGGUGGUUAUGAAGGUGUCUCUGCGAUGUUUCGGCAUUAUAAUUCUCCGCCGCAAGGGAAACUGGGGAGUAACGAUGAGCAGCCGAAUCUACCGGUAUAUCAGCAGAUGAUCGCCGGAGCGACGGCCGGUGUCCUCUAUAACUUCAUCUUCUACCCAGCCGACACCAUCAAGUCGCGGAUUCAGACAGAGGAUAUCGCCGCGCAUUCGGCCAAGGGUGGUACGAAGAUGCCUUCCUUUUGGUCCGUGGGGAAAACUCUCUGGAAGCAGCACGGGCUAGCUGGGCUGUAUCGUGGGUGUGGCAUAACAGUUGCUCGAUCAGCGCCCAGCUCUGCCUUUAUAUUCGUUAUAUACGAGGGACUAAAGUCGCAUUUCCAGUAG